CACACACACACACACACACACACACACAUAGACGCGGAGGAUGGCGCAGCCACCAGCCGCCUGUCCCCGAGUUUGUUGCUCGGCGCGGUACCGGUUACCGCCAUCGCGUACGCAGAUGGCAAACUUCCAAGCUGACCCAGCGCAGCUUCAAGUUGGUCACUCCAGCUCAGCAGCCGCACCAGAAGAUGGUGUUCGUCGUGGGAGACUCCCACCUGCGUGCCAUGGUGGAUGGGUUCGUCGCCAUGCCAGAGGGACCUCUCUCUUUUUCUUUUCUGUCUGUUCCAGACAGAAGGAAGCUGAGGAAGGAGGUGUCGCAUGCUGUUCUCCCGUGGACCCCGGACGUGGUGUGUGUGCUGGCCCCCAGCAACAACCUCACGGCCAGCAGGAACAUCGGAGAGGCGGCGCUGGACUUUGGUGCUCUCCUGGAGACAGUCUGCAGCCGCUGGCCCAAGGUGUUUGUGCUGGACUUCCCUCCACGCCUGAACAUCGAGUCGGGCUUGCAGGAGCUGUUUGGCCAGGAGUUCCACCGUGUCGCAGCACGCAUGGGUCUCCCGUACGUGUCUGUGGCAGAGCACCUCCCUCUGGAUUGGUUGGAGCUGUGGAGCCAUGAUGGUGUGCACCUCAGCGACAGCGAUGGAACGCCGAUCUUGGUCCAGGUCCUGUGGGAUGCCGCUGUCCGCCAGCUGGCCCCUCCUCCUCCUCCUCCUCCUCCUCCUCCUUCGGUCUCCCCCGUGCUGGUCGUGACGGGACACAGCCCCGCGCCCCGUCACCGCGACCCACUGGAGUGGACCGCUGUCAGACAGGAGGUCAAGGCCCGAGGAUCUCCGGUGCAAGAGUCUGCCCUCCCGUCCAACCCCGUGUGGUUCAUCGGCGACAUAUUGGAUGCCAUGGAGAAGGUUUCUCCUUCUUCAGGCUGUGAGGGCACUGCCAUUCCACCAGCUGGCCAGCACAGUUUCCUGCCCUUUGGCCGCUUCCUGUUUGUGGCGUGCUGCACCGACGUGAGCGGCUCUCCUCUCCGCGGGGAAAUCUGGGCCAACAUCCGCCUGGAAGGCCUCCUUUCAUGCUUAUUGCCUGUGUUGCUCUACUGA